UGGAGGCGGAACCAGCGGAUCAGGUGGCUGGGCAGAGCUGAAAACCAGGGCAGAGUUGGCGGAUCAGGCGGCCAGGGCAGAAUAAGCAGAGCAGAAGACCACCAAGGCAGGGCAGGCAGAGCUGGUGACCACCACGGCAGCACAGACGGAGCAGGAGACCACCACGGCAGUGCAGGACACCACCAUGAUGGAUCAGGCAGAAGUCGCACAGAAAGCACAGAGUGGUUGGUAACGGCCUCUGUGGUCAUAUCAAAACAGGCAGAGUGUUCAGAAACGGCCUCCAUGGCCAAAACAGGACAGGGAGAGAGUUCAGAGACGACCUACGUGGUUGUGACAGGACAGACAGAGAGCUCAGGGAUGGUCACCACCUCCUCGGGAGUUUCUGUAGCAGUAGCAGUCGCAGUCGCAGUCGCCGCUGCCUCUUGGAAAUCUGUGGCAGUUGCCACUGCCUCGGGAGGUUCUGUAUUGGUCACCGCCGCCUCGGGAGAUUCUGCAGUGGUUGUCACCAACUCGGGAGGUUCUGUAGCGGUCACCGCUGCCUCUGGAGAAGUGUGUAUGGCCCAGACACUCAAAAUAGUGCCUGCCAUAACUGGAAGGGCAGCAGAUGGUGGAAGAACCACUGAGGCCACCAGAAUAGAGAGCGUGGAGGACGCCAGGAUGCCAGCCGCUCACACUGACAUCAGUGGUGGGUCUGCCAAACUGGAAGCCAGUCUGAAAUGCCUAGGGAUCACCCUUGUAGCCUCAGAUGUGACGGAAAAACUGGAAACAUCCGGAAACACUGGUGUGGUGUCCAUGACGGCUGACUCUAGUGUGAUGUCCAUGAUGGCUGGAGACUCUGGGGUGGCGGCUACUUGGACCAACAUCAAUGGAGGGUCCGCCACACUUGACGCCAGUCUCGUCCAGUGGCUGGCAGGCAGGCUGAUAAAAUAAGUGGCGGUCCAAGCUCCUCAUCCGCCGAAGCUUGAGGAGCAUAGCCCCCAAAUACCACCCCCCCCUUUAGGGGACGGAUCCUCCUCCACCUCCCCCACGGUAAAGGGGAAUCCACCCAGUUGAAGAGCGUGCGCCACAAAUUGCUGAAAAGUACCUCGAGGACCAACAUAGGAUAAUUGUGUGUGUAGUGGUUCAUUAAAUCCAGCAUGAUAAAAGGUUAUGUCUGGAAUUGUCCGGAAAGUGUGUGUGGUAGGCUAGGUUCAAAAAC